AAAUAAAACUUGACUGAACUGGAAUAAGGUUGUGGUUAUUUACAUAUGAAUAUCAGAAUAUACGAUAUUAUAUCAUUAAUGGAAAAUGCAUAAAUUACUGUAACUCUUAUUCAUUACCUUUUUGUAUUGAAGUGAUAAUAAUAUUGCAUAUUUUUUAUUGGAAGAAUUAUAACGAUAUAUCAGCAAACAUUUCAGGAAAAAAUCUUUGAACCCGUGAGUUAGAUAACAAACGUUGCAGUAAUUUUUAUCAGAAACGCAUUAAUGCACAUUAACGCACACUGCACAAAUGCAUAUUUAAUUAUAUGUUUUUAUAUUUUAUUCCUACCCAUUUUAUAUUUAUAUAUUUCAAAAACCCGGAAACUGCAUCGAGGCACUAUUAGCCUGUUUUUAGGUCAGGAAUAAAAAUUAAAAAAUAGGUUAUUACAGUAUCUUUAUAUUAUGUAUUUUAUGUUAUUAGCAGGUAUAUGUAUUUAUAUUUUCUUUUUUCAGUAUUUGUUUUUCUAUUUUAUUCGUGGACGCGUGCCACACGGCUUAUAUUUGUUUAGGUGAUCGAUCAAUCGACGCUCAUAUACAGUAGUAUAGUGAUAUGUAAAUGAUUAUCUAACACAACUGUUUUGGUUGAUAUAUAAUAUUUUAUAUUAUUAUAUUAUUAAAAUUAUUAGCGUUUGAUUUUUUUGUUUCAAAUGUAACUAUAUUAAGUAAUAACUAAUCGCGAGUUUUAUCGUUAUUGUUCAGUUGAGUGAUUGUGUCGCUAGGGCGAUUACUCCGGCAUAAAAAUAUGUAAGACAUAUUAUUAUAUUAUUGUUUUCGAUUACUAUGAUUUAUAAUAUCACACACAGGGACAUUCUUAUAUUGUGCGUAGAAAAACUAUUUCCCAAUUACGAAUGAAAGACAAAAUACAAGAAUUGCUGAAUUUGUGCUGAUGUGCUUACAUAUUAUUAUUUGUUUUUUUUUACUCACCUAUUUUUUCUCAUCAGUCAUCACGUUUCCUACUUCUACACGUAAUAUCAUGUUUAUAUAAAAUAAUAUAUUAUAAUAUCCAGAGUUUUCUCGCGUAAUUUAAUUGUAUAGUAUUCGUUCCGAAACGGCAGUCGCAACGAUAUCUUCCGGGCUAAAUACGAAACGUUUCAACCCUUUCUGUACGGAAGGGUUAAAUUCGGGAAGGGUGUCCGUAAGGCGGCGCCACCAGACGGCGACAAAAACGUUCAGAAUAAUCAAAAACGAGUUUUAACGUCAUGAAAGUUUACUAAAAUCUAUACGAAAAAAAAUCAAACGGAACGACUUAAGCAAUUUAAUCUAUAUAGUCACAAACGUAAAACACUCGAUUGCAUAAGCUUUAUGUUACAUAGUCUAUAUAAUUUUUUUAUACAUAGCUUAUAAUGUAAUAUGAAAUUAUCUAUAUUAUUUUUUUUCAUUCGACCGACUAGAUUCUCGAAUUCUCAAUUGUUUAUCGUGUGAAGCGUUCAAACGUAAAUCUUUAUGCGACCAAACGACCAGAAUAUAAUAUUAUUAUACACUAUGCAGAACUACGUUAUACAUGAUAUUAUGAUGUACAAAAUUCAAACAUAAUAAUAUAUAUGAGUAUAAUAAUGUAAUAAAAAAUAUAAUAUAAAUAUAAAAAAAUAUUUUUCGGACACUCGCGUGGCGCCGUGUACAUAUAUAUCGUGUAAAAUUAUUAUUAUAUGAUAGUAGCGUGUCGCUUCGGGCGCGAAGACGGUGUGAAAGGAAACGGAAAAACCGAGCAGCGUAUUGUGGGUGGGCGGUGCGGGGAACGGAAAAAAGGCGCUGGGUCGGCUGCGGCUGGGGCGGGAAAACGAAAAACGAAAAAAUAAGAAUAAGGGUAGAACGAAGGGAAAACUACACCCCCUAUCGCUUCUUCGCCGUCUGCGGCGGGGGUGGGACGAGCGACCGAGAGAAGAGAGAGCGCUAGGGGCGGACGCCGGCGCAGAAAUACGCACGUAAGGAAAACGUCUGGCGGUGUACCGCGCGCUCUUCCUAAGAGGGAAAACCCGACCCCUAUAGCGCCGCGGCGCGCACGGCCGUAGAAAAGGACGGCGCGCGGCGGCCGGCACACGCUACCGACAGGGACGGCGAUAUGUCCGCGACUCCAAGACAUCUUGGCCGCGUAUCUCCUCAGUCGCGCCGCGACGCCGACACAAGACGCCGCCACCGCCGCCGCCGCUCUUACCGCUCUUACCGCCGCCGCCGCCGCCGCCGCCGCGAGUGCUACACACACACACACAUACACACGCGCGCGCUCAGUUCGCCGCGCUCGUACAGCCGACGUUUUUCCGGCCCGGCGUCUUGAGACGUCGCUCAGUCUCAAGACUACUCCGACGUCGCGAACACCUUAGGUGCCCGACUCCCGAUUUAGGCGUACACGCACGCACAUACAAUUAUAUACAUCUCUGCGACACUCCGAUAGUAUAUAAUUUCGUAUACUGCAAGUGUCGCGAACGCAGCUUGCAAUACUAUUUUACGAACGAUCUGAAAGAAAAAUUUCCUUUUUCUCUUUCCGUAAUCGUGUAGUAGUACAGAUCGAGUGAAUUGCUUCCGGACGAAUUUUACGCGCGUUAUGUGCGGCCAAUACUGUUACUACGGCUAUCACUACCGCUGCCACCACUGUGUCUGAUCAUCGUUUGGACACACGAGCGAACAGAGAGGAAAACAUAUAUCAUAAAAUUGUUUCACAUCAGUCAAGACGAUCUCUUCGGUCCCGCUGGAUCUUCGCGCCUCGCCCGGCCACGAACACCUGCAGGGCGACGACGACGACGAAAUGUCGGCGGACAUCCAACAACAACAGCAGUCUGUGUUGUUGCAACGGCCGGUGUUCAAGAUGAACCCGGCCGCGGAUUUCUGGCAGCAACAGCGACAACAGUACCAGCAGCAACAGCAACUCCAGCAGCAGCAGCAGCAGCAACAGCAACAGCAGCAGCAGCAGCAGCAGCAACAGCAACAGCAACAACAGCAGCAGCAGCAGCAGCAGCAGCAACAGCAGCAGGCCGUUGACUCUUCGCCGUCGCCACAACCUCAGGCGGCGCCACCGCCGCCCACGCUGCAAGUCAACCAUGACCAGCAGCAAGUUCCAUCCUCCAUCGUCGGAGUCGGACAACAACAGCAGCAGACGCCGAACAGCGUACAGGUGACGGCUGACGAGGCGAUCGCCAUAGUCGCUCAACAAGUCGCACAACACCAACAACGGCAACAACAACAGCAACAACAACAACAACAAACGCAAAACGUCGAGAUGACCGACGACACGGACGUAAUCGUCGGACAACCGUCUCCGGCGGCUAUCCGCGCAGCCGUCCAGCAACAGCAACAGCAGGACUCGUCAUCAGCCGCAGGACUGGCCGGACAACCAACGGUCGCCGGCGACCCGUCCGUAUCCGUCGUCAUCAACCAGAACAAUUCUCUCGUGCUGAGCGACCCAAAAAUGAUGACCGAAAAAUUGGUCAGUGAACUACAGAACCGAUCGAUAUCAGACCGCACUCUUGAAGAAUGCUGGUCCACUCUUCAGCGAGUCAGCUGGAACGUCUUUCGUUCAAUAUUCAUGCAAAAGUCCGCUGCCAUGCAGAUGCAGGCUCGCGACUUCGGCCGGCCUGGCAGCAUCGGUGGUAGUUCGUUAAGUGGCAGCGGCCUAGAAGUGAGCAAACCACACCAGUGCCAGCAAUGUCUCAAGUCGUUCAGCUCCAACCACCAGCUGGUCCAGCACAUUCGCGUCCACACCGGCGAGAAGCCGUACAAGUGUUCCUACUGCGAGCGCCGAUUCAAACAGCUCAGCCACGUCCAACAGCACACCAGACUGCAUACAGGAGAACGGCCUUACAGAUGCCACUUGGCCGAGUGCGGACGAGCUUUCAUACAGCUGUCCAAUCUGCAGCAACAUCUCCGCAACCACGAUGCCCAAGUGGAGAGGGCCAAAAACCGGCCGUUCCACUGCACCAUCUGCGGCAAAGGUUUCGCCACCGAGUCCAGUCUGCGCACCCACACGGCUAAGGAACAUUUUUUUUAUUUUCAGGAAGCUGAACUCCGCAUGGAUGUGCUCCAGCAGCACGCCGCCUUGAUGGGCGGUGCGAGCACUACGUCUUGUCCGCUGUGUCAUAAAUUGUUCCUAGGUAGCGAGUCACUGGUCGAACAUAUGAAAGUCCACCACAACGAUCCGACCACUGUGUCGCAGGCCGUCGUACAAAGUUACUCGGAUAUCGGUACUGGUCCUUACAUGGCCAAACGUCGAACGGCCAACCAUCCCUGCCCUGUGUGUGGUAAACACUACGUGAAUGAGGGAAGUCUGCGUAAACAUUUGGCUUGCCACCCGGAAACAGCUCAGUACGCCCAGCUCAGGAUGUGGCCGUGUUCUGUUUGCCAAGCCGUAUUCACCCACGAAUCAGGCCUGCUAACACACAUGGAACACAUGCGCAUGGAUCCUAAGCAUCAAUUUGCUGCGCAGUACGUUCUGAGCAGAGCGGCUGCUGAACGCAGAGAACGAGAAAACUUCCUGGCCGCCGUGACGGCCACCAACAGCAUGGGUGGCCCCGCCUCACCUCAUUCUGUUCACUCAGAUUCAUCUUCAUCGAACAACGGCGAAGUGGACGGUCCCAGUGGAGCUGGCUCUACAGGUUCAGUUGGCACUGGCACCAAUAACUCUGUGGUUGCUGCGGUGGCCGCGGCUGCAGCGGCAGCUGCGGCAGGCGGUAACGUCGUUGUUCCCACGGGCGGCCGGCUAUCCGUCUCACCAGCCGACAACCAAAUUCCGUUAGUGUUGCAUCACAACAACAACAACACGACGACAAACAACAACAAUAAUAACAAUAACAACAAUCCUACGGCGAUUAAGUUGGCCGAGCUGAUGGCCGCUAGAACUGGAGGCAUGAUUAGUGGUAAUGGAGGUCACCAAUACAUGAACCAGCAACCUCAGUACAACGCCAAUGAUCUUCAGAGGGCUGCUGCAUUAUUUAUGAGCCAGCAGCAGGCCCAUGCAGCCGUUUCGCAGGUUCAACAGCAACAGCAGCAGCAACAACAACAGCAACAGCAGCAACAGCAACAACAACAGCAGCAACAACAGCAGCAACAGCAACAGCAGCAACUUCAGCAAAACCCACCAUCGCCGUCACACUCGCCGCGAUCUGCACCACCAACCCCGGCGUCUGUAGUACAAGCAGCCGCGGCCAAUCUGGCCGCGGCGGCUAUGCGUAUCACCCAGUCGAAUGCCAUGCACCAAAACCCAUUGGUCACCACUUCCAGUGGUUCCGGUUCGAACUCGUCAGUCAACUCGAUGCAAUCGGCCGUCCAGAUGGCCAUGAACGCAGCCGUCCGGGCUUCCAUGUCGUCCAUGGUUGACGGCCUCGGUGGUGGACACCACCAACAGUCUGGUCACCAGUCCAUGCUCCACCACCACCAACAGUCCAACCACGAGCAGAGCUCACCGACGUUACGUAUGCAGGAGGCCAUACUUAGGUCUCAGGCGGAGGCAGCACUCAGAUUAGCCGUAUCGCAAGCCGUGGCCGCGUCGUCGGGCCAGCAACAGGUACCUGAACAGAACCGGCAGUCGUCGGUGCAACAGCAGAACGCACAUCAGACACAGCAGAACGUGGCAAUCAACUACAACGCUAUGGCACAAGGGCAACUGAUGAACGGACAGAACCCUUACCACCACCAAGGCCAAGUGUCACCUGAUCUGUCCGAGGCGCUUAGGCUCCAGGAACAACGGCUCGAACAGGCACUUAGACUACAUGGUGGUGACCCAAGGGCUCUGGGCUUCAGUUUCGGUAACACCCAACAGGGUCAUAUAAACCCAUGAGAGUUCAGUUACUAUUAACGGUGAGGUCCUAUAAACCCUUCCCCUCGCCCAUCCCCUCCAAAACUACCCCUCCAUCGCCAGCCACUGACCUACUAUUAUAUUAUUAUAUGCUACUGUCGUCAUCCACCAACACCGCCACCACUACCACAUUCAUCCUCUAAAGCUCAACGGCGGACCUGCUGCAGCGCGCGCACAUGAUUAUUUAUUAUUAUUGUAAUUACGAUAUUUAUUUAUUAUUAUAACUAUACUAUUAUAUUAAUUAUUAGGCAUAUACUUUACUUAAUAUUAUUAUUACCAUAAGAAUAAUAAUUUUAUUUUUACCAAAACAAUAAUUGUCCCACUGAAAGACAUGUCGUCAUCGUCGACCGUGUCAUGAGUACCUACCUACAUCGACGACGACUCGUGUCAAGUUUGUAAAUAGUUGUACAUAUUAAUGAAUAUGUAAUUUCGAUUUUAAAAAUUAACUGAUUUUUAAAAACGUCGUUUAGCAAAUUUUUGUUGUACAGUUAUGUAUAAUAUUUGUGGUUUUUUACGUGAGUUGUAUAAAAACAAAAUACAUUUAAAUCGAUAAAUCCAAUUUAUACGGAUCUCUCAGCGCGAGAGAUUCGAAUAACGUAUAAUAUAAAGCAACAUUUAGGUUCCGAAAAUAUUAUUAUUUACUUAUAAACAUUCAAAUAAUUUGUACUGUUAUAAUUUGUAUUUAUUUUAGUUUUAAUUUUCAUCCAAGGGGUUUUUGCAAUUUUAUUUUAUUUGGUUUAAAUAAUUUUUUUUAGUAAAAAUUAACUGAUUCACUUCGUUUACUUAAUUUUAAUACAACGAUUAUUGUCUUGUACUAUAAUUUCUUCGGAGAGGAACUUGUCUCAUGAAUUAACCCAUUUAUAUUUUAUAGGACUCCCAGAAAUAUUGUAGGUAGAUCAUGUAUAUGCAAACUACCCCAUUAAAAACGUCUUAUACGAAAAAAUAUUUUCGGAGACUUUAGCUUAAGAAAUAAACACCGUGUAAUAAUAUUUAGCAUGUAAAUAAGAAACAUACUCUCACAAAUACACUGCAUUUUCCUUCCUCAACAUUAAAUUUCUUAUGACAACACGACAGAGCGCGCAAUCUUGUACAUAUAUGAUAGUGAUAAUAGUAGAACAGACAUUUUAUUAUAUUUAUUUACUUGUAAAUACAAUGAAAACAAUUAAAAACAAAAUAUUUUCUGAAUAUCCAAUCCUGUACAUAAUAAUAUAAUAAUUAAAUGAUAAAAUGGUAACGAUAUCUUACAAAAUGUCUAACCCUAGCUCUCUCCCCCGCGUACGGCGCUUACAACCCGUCCGGAUUAUACCUCCCAUACGUUCAAUGUUCAUAUCACGUGCAUAACAAUACGAAUAUUAUGUUAACUAUACAUAAAAAUGAUAUGCUCACCGUAUUUGUGUUGUCCACGUGAAACCAAUGCAAAAAGCGCCUGUCGUGUUCUCUUCAUAAUUUUUCCGAAAUAUCGUUUUGUCGACCAUUCGUUUGUAAUUCCUUUUAUAUAUCAUUUUUCCUCAUUCAUAUUACACGUGCGCUUUAUUCUCACCUCAAGAGUAGGGAGCAAGAGGACAAUAAUAUUAAAUCAUAUGAUUUUUAUUUCUUUCUAUUUACCUAUUAAUAUUAUUGUUUUUUUUUUGCCCGUCAACAUGCCAAUCAAAACAAUCUCGUGCAAUAAAAUAAAAGAAAAAUACAAAUUCUAUUUUUGUUUAAUUCUCUGAGACGAACGAGCUGCGGUAUAUAAUAAUAUGUACACAUAAACACAUACACCACACAACACACUAUAAUAUACAAACGAUCGUACAUAAUAUAUAAUGAUAUAAACCACACAUGUUUCUAUUAUAAUCUCAGUACCAUUUGACGGAUGACACAGACACGAAAUGAAAACAAUAAUCAAACUGAUCAAUAGACAAAAAAUACGCGAUCCGAUUAAUCGAUCAUGUCUCAAUCUAUCGAUGUACGACGGAACUUCUGCAAAAGUUGUUUUAGCGUACCCGAAUCCGUGUAAAUCGCGUAUUUCACACACACACAUACAAUAUAAAUAUAAUAAACAAUAGCCCAAAUACACGCUAUCGCUGUGUAUCACAGACACAAACACACAUUAUGCAAGAUUUUCUCGCAGAUUUCAAUAUAAUAAUAUAUUCAUUUAGCGGAUAGGUCCGAAUAUAAUAAUGUACGCACCGUAUUUAAUAUAAUUGUUAAUUAUAUGAUAUAAUAUUAUUACUGUGCGUAUAAUACAAUAGCCCAAACCGGAAAGUUUCCGGCCACACACACACACAUACACAAGCCAUUGCUAGUAGUUCAAAAUUUCGGGUCGAAUGAUACUGAAAUGUUAUCGAAUUUUUGGUUUCACUUUCUCCAUAAUAUUAUAUCCGUCCCCCGGCCGUCCACAACAACCGUUAUUCGCCGCUACGGUAAUUUUUAUGAACGCGUAUCCAUACCUUAUCGCAAGUUGCAACACUAAUUAAGUACCUACUUACUUUCAUACUAUUACUGUAAGUACUACAAACUCAUAUCGUUUUCGGGGACGUCCGGCGCGGGACCCGAACGUGCAAUGGACCAACAACAUAAUAUAUACCCAGACGCAGAUUCGUCGAAUCUGUAUUUUUUUCUUUUAAUUAUUUAUUUAUUUUAAAACUGAUAAUCAGUUAUAAUCCGUUGGAUAUUAUUUAGUUAAUAGAUGUAAUACAAAUACAUAGUUCGUAGGAUACUUUUAGUGCCGUUUUAAAUAAAAUAAAUAAUACCAUAAUAAUAAUCAUAUAACGAUAACAAUAAUGAUACUAAUUACAGUUUGAGAUAAAUAAAACGGUUCAAUGGUUAUUUUUUAACUUUUUUUUUUUUAUUAAGUUUUUCUUUCAUCUUGAAUAUGUUUUUCAGUAUAUACUUACUACUGAUAGUCGAAUUCACUACGUUAUAUUUAUAUUAUUGUGACGAAUGUAACUGUUCACGUGCAAAGUGAUUACCUUUAUUAUUAUUAUUAUUAUUAUUAUUAUUAUCAUUAUUUUAUUAUUAUAAUUAUUAUUUUGUUUGUUGGUUUUUUUUUUUACAAAAUAAUACGUUUAAUUUUAUAAAACUAUUUUGACCUAAUUUUGAAUGGGUACCUAGUUUUAUCAUUAUUAUUGUUUAUUUUUCACCCGCUAUUUGUACCUACUUUAUUAUACGUUAACGUUUUAUUUUAUUUUUUUAAUUCAAGACCAGUUGAGUUUCAUUUUGCCGUUUUAUUUGAUCAGCUUUUUAAUAAUAUUGCAAUUAACAAUUUUUAAAGGUAGUUUUAUCGUUAUAAUUUAGUUUUCCGUUUUUUGCUGACUAUGUUUAUGUUACAAUAGUUACAGUACACUACGACUUUUUUCAUUAUUAUUAUUAUUAUUAUUAUUAUAACAAUAAUACAUUAUUACAGUUUCAAUAAUAUUACACUAAUUACAUUACAUAAUAGUUACUGGAUUUAGACAGUGUUUUUUUUUUUUUAAUGAAUGAAUGAAAUAUACACUAUAAACGUAGUUUGGAAUAUUUAGUCUUACAAUAUUUGAAUAAGAAUAAUAAUAGUCAACAUACAUAUUAUAAUAAUACGGUUUUCAGUUUUACACACACACUCAUACAGACAGAAUGUUUAAGAUGUUUCUAUUGUUACAAAAAUCAAUUAUAGUUUUAAAAUUAUACAAUUGGUUUUUUUUUCUAUUGUGUUCCUUUUGGUGUUAAGUUUAUGUUAUACGCAUAUAUCUGUUCAGUUUUUUUCGUGUGGUAUGUUUUUUUUUUUAUAUAAUAAGCUACGAUUUUAAUGCUAAAUUAUGCGCAUCUCCCCCAAAAACUUAUUUUUAUUAUUUGUAUUAAGUUGCUCAAAAAAAAAUUUUUUAAUAAAUUGGAACAAAAAUGUAUUUAAAAAGUAUAUAAUAUAUUAUUAUUACCAUUGUAAAAAAUUUUUGGGAAACAAUUGUCUAGAUAUUCGAUGUUAAUAUUAUAUAUUAUAAAAUUAUGAUUUUUUUAUUAUUAUUAUUAUUAUUAUUAUUAUUAUUAUUACUAUAUUAUUUUCGGUUCCUUAAAAUUAUUAUAUUUUGUCAUGAAAAUUAUUGUCCUGAAGUUUUGAAACACGACUAUAUUAUAUAUUAUACGUUUCGGU